GCAAAGGUGUCAUAUUUUUGGGAGCCACAAAUAGAAAGGAUUUGCUCGAUCCUGCCCUCCUUCAACCUGGUUGGUUUGACCGCAAGAUAAGGAUCCGUCCUCCAAAUGCAAAAGUGAGACUGGAGAUUUUGGAAGUUCAUGCAUGGAAAAUGAAAUUAUCAGACACCGUUGAUUUGUCUAUUAAUGCUAACAACUUGCCAG